CACCUGUGCCAGGGCCUGCCCACCCUGCCAGGGAACAAUUCCUUCUUCAUAUCUAUUCUAACUCUACCCUCUUCUAGUUUCCAUCCCAGCAGAGCUGUGAAUUUUCAGUCUGGUCCUCCUUGCUCUCUCUGGGAGACUCAACAAUGAUCUGAACGAGGUGGGCAGAGGAUGCAGCCCCAGCAGAGACACUUUGUCUAGUCCUCCCAGACAUUUGGGGUUUGAGGGAUGCUGAAGGGGGUGGGCUGGGUAUGUCCCAGCCCCUGGAGCCAGGGGCACAGCCCCACAGUCACCUCCCUAAGGCUCAAAAAUUGCAAAAACUCGGGUUUUCCCUGUUUAUUUAUUUUCUUUUCAUGCCAAGAGUGGAGAGGGGUGUGGAGCAAAUAGGCUUUUGUAUUUCACUUUAAUUUGCUUUGAAAUACUGUACACUUCAUCCUCUUUGGUUUGCUCUGCUUCAAAAGCAAAGCCAGGAAAAAUCUGAGCCAUCAGCCAUUAGAAAGAAGAGCAUUCCCUGGAAUUUAUUUUUUUAUUUAUUUUUUUAAAUGCUGUUGCUGGAGAAGGAUGGGACCUUUAGCAAGAUACAUAUUUCUUAUCAGCUAUGACCACCUUCCUGUCCUGACACGCCUUUGGGGAAACACGAAAUGUUUACUGUGAACCAGCCAGAGGUGACCGGCCAAGACGGCCGUGCUGGCCCCUGGACCCACCACACUGGAGACAGGCGGUCCCCAGCCACUCCCACAGGCACAGUUUCUUACUGGAGUCAGUUCCAGGAUGUGACAUCAUCUAAAAAAUUCCAACAUUUCUACAGCAAUGUCAAGAAUGGUGGGGGUGAAAUUUCUGGACACCGAUGUAAUGUCACCAGUGCUGGAGCUGGAGCAGGGCAGGAUGGAGCUGCUGCAGGGGUUGGUGGGUCUUGGCUUAGGGACAACUUCCGAACUCAGGACAUUUUUAAUUACUUGCUUUUCUGAGUGAAUCCCAAUUCCUCAACAUUAAACCCUGCUACAAAUAGCAACUUACAUCAGCCAGUCUCACCAGUUUUUUUCCAGGUUCCCCUUUCAUUCAAGACAGAGAAUUUCCCUAUUUCUACUGUCAGGGAACUUAUUUUGGGCAUUUGCUUUACUUAGCACUUUCUCCUGGGAUUUUCUGGGGGACUUGUAGAAAACCUCAGUCAUAUCCCUCUAUGUAAAACAGGGCAACAUCAGCCAGACUCCUUCAAAUGGCAAAUUCCACUGACUCCAAGCACUGCCUGCUGGGUCAGAAACUCUGAAACCACCUGAUGGGAAAACUUCCUUCUUACACAACCACUUCACUUUGUAAUUAAAUUAAUCCCCCCAGACAUGCUCCAGCCCACUUUUCCCACCCUUCCAUGGCCAUCUUCAUGUCUCAAAGCACCUCCCAGGGAAGAUGGUUCUUCAUCAGAGACAAAUUCAACCUCGCUGCCUAAAAGGGGGAAGAGCUGGAAGAGAUGACUUUCUCUUUUCCUCAUCACUGGAAUGUGGGAAGUGGGUAAGAAAACAUUUUUUUAGGAGCAUGUUGCAACAUCCCAGAGCAUCAUUGGCAUGAGUGUAACCUCCCACCUCCUCCAGCUGGCCACAAAUUGGCAGAGCAAGAUCUUUUGUCAGAUUUCUAAGGAAGAAUUAGAUUCCUAGAAACUUGGCUUUGGGCUUAUUUUUGGCUUUCAGCAGUAGAAAAGUUUCAGCCCUUACCAGUCCUCUGUAACACACAUUACCUAAACUAAACUGAUCCUAAACUGACUCAGGAAAAUUUUGCUUUUAUUUUCAAAAUAGUCCCUGAGAGUCCAAAAUAAUUUGGCAUGUACUUGCUGACAAAGAAAUUAAGGCACAGAGGUGUCUGAGGAAAAACCUCUCAUUGAAAAUAUUUGAAAUAAUCAAAGCAGAUCCCAAAAAAUUCUUCUGCUUUCAUGAAAUUCAUCUUUUAGCAGAACAUUUCUCCACAUUUUGGCACCUUGUGCCUCAGGAGCAGGAUGGGAGCACUUGGCUGUAGGUGCUGGAUCUCCAGCUGUAACCCAUGGAUGCUUGAAGGCACAGUCAAAAGGACGGCUCAGAGGCAAACCGUGCUCCUACAUCCGUGUACAAGUUAUAUUCCUUGAGUUACCAGGCAGCAUCCAAGGGAGGUGACGCUCACUCCCUCCCGGCCCAGCUGGCAUCCAUCGGAAUGCCAAGUUCCCACCUCCUGCCUGGCUGGGCACCCUGCAUGUGGAGGCAGGCUCUCUCCUCAUCUGCCCAGGAUAUUUGAGGACAAGCAAGAUGACAAACAGAGUCAAUGGGAUCCGGACUGAUGAGCACCUGCAAGGUGCCUCUCUGCAAAGGGAAAGAUGGAAACGAGCCAGAUCAUCUAUGGAAGGGGAUGCUCAGCUUAGCAAGAGCCAUAUUUGCUCCACAGGGUAGAUCUGCUCUCCUCAACCUCGGUGGAAGACACCACCACAGCUCCCAGCAAGAGCCUCCCUGAGGGGCUCCUGGCGACAAAUCUGGGGCUUCUCCUGUGCCUUGUCCUCUGGAGUCCUCACUGCCCACCUGGAGCAUGGAGCUAACCCAGCAUAGCUGGUGGAGGGCUGAAGGAUAUUGGGAAAACACCGGGUUAUUUACAGAAGGUUCCGGGGCAGUAGCUGGAAACCUUUAAUAGAAACAGGAUGAGUCAGUGCUGCUGGGGGGAGUGCAGAGGUGCCAGGGUGAGCUUGGGUUGCUCCACUUUACAUUAUCAGCCUUCCACUGGUAUUCAGGAAGUGUCUAUCACAGCAUCACUACUCCAUGAUGUCUUGAAAAUAAAAAAAUGAAGUAGAGAACAGAUAUCCUUCUAGGAACAUCUCACUACAGCUGGACCGCCCUCAGCUCAUCCCAGAGCACUCAUCACCACCCUGCCUGGCCUUCCCUCUCCUCCUCAGGGAGUCUGUCAGACCUCCAGGGCUCUCUGUGUAGAGGCUGGUGGCUUCGUCCCAGUGACCCAUCCUUGUCUCAGCUCUUUCCCAGCCUUCACAGAGCUCCUACUCUCUCCCAUACUUUGUACUGCUUCCCCCGUCUGUGGUCAUUUUCUCUCAUCACUGAGACAGGAUACUCUUUUCUUCCCAACAUCCCAACUUCUGCCCAUGCUCUCACCCCACAGUUAUUCUGCUCCUCAUUUUCAGAAUCACUGUUUCCUUCCUUACCCUGCUCCUGGAACUCCUUCUGCCUCAUCUUCAGGGUUACAAGUCACCACACUUCUUUCAGCUCUCUGUAUCUCCAUGCCCAGACUACCAGCAGCCCUUGAAAUGUAACUGUAUCAUCUGUACUAACAAACAGUAUAAUUAAAUUGUAAAUUAAUGUCUCCUUAUGGGACCUGGAGUGCAUCAGGCAGUUCCAAGAGAUAACAAGUAGCCUAUCUCAGCUCUCCUUUCCCUUAAAUUGAGGAGGAACCUUGAGUGUUUCAGCUUCUCAGACUCCUCUUUCAUGCCCACCACUACCUAUGCCAGUGCCUGCAGUGCUGUCACAGCUGCAGGACAUGCCCUCCAACCAUGGAGAACACAUGCAGGACACUGGUGACAGCUCCCACCUUCUGCUCCUGGGGCAGCAAGAGCUUUGCAGAUAUGGAAGGGGAGAAGUCCAUGGUAAAGGAGACUUCAGUCUCUUUUUCCCUAACCAGCCUCAUCCCACUGAUGGUCCUGGGCCCUCCAGCACAGCUCUUGCACAGAUACACUCUCCCAACCAGGAAGGUUGGGUAACAGCAGACUUAACAAAUGCAGGAACCUCCGCAGAGGAACUUCUUACUAAGGGACAGGCAUGAGAGAAGCAGAAAUAGCCACAGUGACUGUUUCAUAUCCUGUAUCACUGGGAGGCACUGAAUCAAUCAGGGAGCAGGGGCCGGGGCUGCUCUGUUCCAUCACGAGACUGCACCACAAGUGGACUCUGGUGGAAAUUCCACCAUGCAUACGCAAGCCACUGCACAGACCUCUCACCCCAUAAAUUGAGGGGCUGCUGAUGGUCUGAGCAUCAGACAGCAAAGAGGCUUCCAAGCUACCCUUGCCUGCUCCAGCUCCAGCCACCACUUCUCCACUGACAUGAAGGUGUCUGUGGCUGCCCUCGCCAUCCUCAUCGCUGCCUUCUGCUACCAGACCUCUGCUGCUCCACUUGGCUCUGACCCACCAACCUCCUGCUGUUUCUCCUACAUCUCACGGCAGCUGCCCCGCAGCUUUGUGAAGGACUACUAUGAAACCAACAGCCUGUGCUCCCAGCCUGCCAUCGUGUUUAUCACCAGGAAGGGCCGGGAAGUCUGUGCCAACCCCGGGGACGACUGGGUCCAGCAGUACGUGAAUGAGCUGGAGUUAGACUGAGGUCCUGGACAGAUCCAGCUGCUCC